AUGGUGGUCAAUGCCAGAAUCCUUAACUUGCUUGGUUUGGACAACGGCGAAUUCAGUCUGUGCAUCAGCAUGAAUCGUUGCUGGUACUACUCAAAUUUGGUUCCUGCGGCACUCUUAUUUGUUUAUCUCAGAGAUGACAAUCGGAUGUUAUCCUCCUUGGACUCGGAUGCCUCAAACCAGUCUCUCAGGAUUACAUAUCGGCUCUCACAAAUAGUCAAUCAGUUCUUAGUCGGAGGAAGCGGAUGUCCCGGAAAGCGGAUUGUCCCUUUACCGGAUUGUGGUAUAAAAUACGACAAAAUCCUAAAUUGUUAUUGA